UCAUAAGGUUUAUCGCAAAUACAAACCGCAAAGGAUCAUGGGGCUGCAAUCGGAGCAACAGCGCCAUCACACGGCGGUGGGAAAACGUACACACGGCAUGCACGGCAUUGCACGGUGCGGUGUGUACGAUAUUUCUUGGCUGUCCAUUUUUCUGACGUUUUGUGUUCGAUGGGAGGUGAUUAUUGUGCUGUUCUGGGUUGCAAUAAUGACUGUUGUUAUCCACAAAGAUGUCAUCAUAGAGCAUGUUAACACACUCGGAUUCCACUCAUGCACGGAUAAGAAACACUUUCCUCUAGCUCUCUCGACCCAACUGACCCAACAGCAGGAUUUCAAAGUAAAAUCAUCAACUACAGUCUGCAGCUACCGCUUUAAAUACGGCCAGCCAUAUCCUGAUGAACUUCACCCAACUUUAUUUUUGAGAGGAUUCGACCUUCCUGAGACACUGAAAAGAGCACCGGUGAAGAGUCGAGCAUUGGAUCUCACUACACCACUGCCGGCCAUCUGAGAAAAUCAAAACUUUGCUGUACCUUUUCUUAAGUUUUUAUUUAUUUUGUUCAUUCUU